AUGCCUUUGACGAACUCACCCCUCACAGAACCACCGUUCUCGAAUCCCCGACGACUCGCUCCCAAUCCCACUAUCCAAGCUCCUACCCCUCCGCCCCCUCUUCGCCCACACCUCCUCAUCCCAGUUCGCCGCGACGCGCGCCACAUUCUCCAGCCGCCGGUCCUCCUCCUCCAACCUCUUCCGCAGCGCCUCCUGCGCCGCCGUCCCGGGCCCGUCCUCGCACGCGCGGAGCGCCCCGACAACCCGGGUACCCUCUGCCCGACCUCCUCCUCGGACCCCCGCAGCUCCCGGUUCAUGAUGCGCACCAUCCACGCCACGUGCACGCCGCAGGGGGCGGCGUCCUCCCGGGGUCGGGUGCACCCUUCGACGGGGCAGGCGUGGCGGGGCUCGCAGUGCAAAGCAGAAGAAGAGGCGCGGGGCAGGCGGCAGGCCGGGGUGGCGCACUCGUGGGCGGCGCAGUACUGGGAUUCCGGGUGGAGGAGGGGAUCGAGGGUGCGUGGGGAGGAGCAGGCCUCGCGGGUGCAGGCGUGGACGGCGCAGAGGGAGGCGCCGGUACUGGCCUUGCUCUUCGACUUUCACGUCACAGCCGUGAGCCGGACACACCUUUACCGCGUCUAUCGGCCUAGUCAGAAAGAUGCGUCCAUUGUCGCAUCGUUCUAG